GCAGGUGCUGUUUUGUGCUUCAAAACGAGCAAAGAAGCGGUUCAGGUUGUUGAGCAGAGAAGAUUCUAUGUGUAUGUAAGCAAUAGAGUCCAACGUAUCAGACAAGCAACUUCACCUCAUCAGUGGAGAUACGUCCCCUCAGAGCUCAACCCAGCGGAUCACGGCUCACGAUCAGUGCCUGCUGCCUUAUUGAAAGACACCACCUGGCUGACUGGACCCAGCUUUCUGUCUGGUAAGCGCCCAUCUGAUCAGCAACAAUCAUACAGCAUCUUAGACCCCCUAGCAGAUCCAGAAAUACGGCCUCAAGUGUCAGCACUGGUCACCCAAACCACCAAGUGCCAUCUAGGGAUCGAGCGUUUUGAGCGUUUUUCAAAGUGGACCACCGUCGUAAGAGCAGUUGCACGUUGCUCAGUGCUUUGCUCAGACCAACCAAGACAACAGCUGCAGAGGGUGGCACAUCUGUAAAGAGGCAGUCAAAGCAGACAAUCUGGAAAAGGCAAGAAAACUUUUGAUCAUGAACAUGCAAAAAGAAAGUUAUCCCAACGAAUUCAACAACAUUCACAAACAGACAAACAUACUCAAACAAAGCGGCAUCAGAAAGCUUCAUCCAGCAAUUGAUGAAGAAGGACUGCUCCGAGUUGGUGGGCGCAUAUCUCAUUCCUGCCUGGAGAUCAACAGAACAAAUCCUCUCAUCAUCCCAGGUCAGCAUCACCUAACAACACUCAUUGUGCGUCACCAUCACGAAAAGGUAAAACACCAAGGCAGACAUUUCACAGAGGGGGCCAUUAGGGAUGCUGGAAUGUGGCUAGUAGGAGGGAAAAGGUGCAUAAGGGGCACACUAUUCAAGUGUGUCACUUGCAGAAGAUUGCGAGGCAAAAUAGAAGAUCAGAUGAUGGCAGAUCUACCCGCAGACAGGCUACAAGUAGCACCUCCUUUCACUUACAUUGGCCUGGACGUGUUUGGGCCUUGGGAGGUAACCUACCGUCGGACCAGAGGCGGCCAGGCAAGCAACAAAAGGUGGGCUGUGCUGUUUACAUGUCUAUGUGUACGAGCAGUACACAUAGAAGUGAUAGAGACUUUGAGUGCGUCCAGUUUCAUCAAUGCUCUUAGGAGAUUUUUCUCUAUCAGAGGGACAGCAAAGCAAAUUAGGUCUGAUAGAGGCACAAACUUCACCGGUGCUUCAAAAGAACUGGAUCUUGAAGAUACAAGCAUUCAGCGAUACCUGCAAGACCAACAGUGCACAUGGAUUUUCAACCCCCCACAUGCUUCCCAUAUGGGGGGUGCAUGGGAACGUCUUAUUGGUGUAGCACGCCGCAUCCUAGACUCCAUGCUUCUGCAGCAGCGCUUUUCCUCUCUGACUCACGAAGUCCUCGUCACACUAAUGGCAGAGAUUUGCGCUAUCAUCAAUGCAAGGCCUCUUCUGCCAGUUUCCACCGACCCAGAAAGCCCGCUCAUCCUUACUCCAUCAAUGCUGUUGACGCAGAAGACUGGAACACCGUCGUCACCUCCAUCAGACUUCGGCAAAGCAGAAAUCCUCCGUCAGCAGUGGAAGCAAGUCCAACAUCUGGCAGAAACCUUCUGGCACAAAUGGCAGCGAGAGUACCUGAACACUCUGCAAAGCAGAACCAAGUGGCAGGACAAAAGGCCCUACUUAAACGAAGGAGACAUCGUCCUGAUGAGAGACAAUGCAGUGAAAAGAAAUCACUGGCCAAUGGCAAUGGUCACUAAAGCACUUCUCAGUAGGGACGGGUUUGUAAGAGCUGUGGAAGUCAGAGCGAUUAAGCAGGGAAUUCCUAAAGUGUACACCAGGCCCAUUACUGAACUUGUGGUACUGAUUUCUUCCAAGCAAAAUGGUGAAGGUGUUUAGGUAAUGUAAGUUAGCAGAUAUGGUAUCCUUAAGAUACCAGGCAGGGAGUGUCAUGAUCUUAGCAGACAUAAACGUCAAGCUUACUGUUUUCUAUGUUUCUCAGCAAUUGUUGUGUGCCAUCUACUGGGCGAAAUGGUCAUUUUCCCGGUAUGCAGAAAUGUGUUCCGCCUACUUCCUGUUCUCUCACGCACGGAAAAGAAGUACGAGUUGCACGGAUGAUUUAGUGUCUCGUGAAUAUUCAGCUACCAGUUUACAGCAAUAAGUCGCUUUAAUUAUAAUUUGGUUCCCUAUGAGGGCAAUGCCUGUAAGUAUUAUUUCGUUUGCUACAUGUGUGUUAGGUAACUGUGUGACAUGCAAUAUAAGCCAUUUUAGUUCAUUGAUAUGGUUUCUUAUAUCGUA